AUGGCCGACUUCAAGUUAUCAGCCACUCUGCGCGGCCACGAAGACGAUGUCCGCAGCGUAGCAUUCCCAUCCCCCUCGUCCAUUGUCUCUGCGUCGAGAGACUUCACAGUACGAGUCUGGGCACAGCAGUCACAGAGCCCACCGAUAUGGGACAGCACUAUCAAGACACACGGCAAAGAGUUCGUCAACUCCCUCGCUAUCGUUCCACCCUCGUCCUCUUUCCCCGAAGGCCUGGUCGUAUCAGGCGGCAAGGACCAAAUCAUCGACGUACGGCGGCCGAGCAAGAACCUCGACGACGAUGCCGACGCUCUUCUGAUUGGACAUGGCAACAAUGUGUGCGCGCUGGAUGUCAGUGAGGACGGAAAAUACAUUGUCAGCGGCAGCUGGGACAUGGAGGCACGGCUAUGGGAAGUAGGCAAGUGGGGCGAAUCUACAGUGCUGCAGGGCCACACAGCCUCUGUAUGGGCCGUCCUCGCCUACGACAGCGACACUAUCAUCACCGGCUGUGCAGACAAGCAAAUCCGCAUAUUCCACACCUCAGGCUCCACGUCCCCCGUGCGGUCGAUACAAGCACCUGAAGUCGUGCGCGCUCUCUGCCGAUUGCCCCCGGAUCAUCCCUCUGGAGCCCAGUUCGCUUCCGCUGGCAACGACGCCGUCAUCCGGUUAUGGACACUCAACGGACAACAGGUGGCUGAGCUGCACGGUCACGAGAACUUCAUCUAUUCCCUUGCCGUUCUUCCCAAUGGCGGUCUGGUGAGUGCCGGCGAAGACCGGACGGUGCGCAUAUGGGAAAACAACCAGUGCAUCCAGACCAUCACCCACCCAGCUAUCUCCGUAUGGACAGUAGCUGUAUGCGGCGAGAAUGGCGACAUCGUCACUGGCGCGAGCGAUAAGCUUGCGCGCGUCUUUACCCGUGACCAGUCCCGCUACGCUGCUGAAACCGAGAUCCAGCAAUUUAACGACGACGUCAAGGGCUCUUCGAUACCACAGCAAACGGUGGGAGACAUCAACAAGGAGCAAUUGCCCGGCCCUGAGUUCCUUACACAACGUUCCGGCACCAAGGAGGGCCAGGUUCAGAUGAUCAAGGAGAUGAACGGCAACGUGUCCGCAUACCAGUGGUCUGCAGCCGCCAAUCAGUGGGUAAACGUUGGCACUGUUGUCGACUCGGCGGGCAGCGGCGGACGCAAGAUCUCGCACGCUGGCAAAGAGUACGACUAUGUUUUCGAUGUCGAUAUCGAAGAUGGCAAGCCUCCGCUAAAGCUACCCUACAACCUCAACCAGAACCACUACGAAGCUGCGCGCAAGUUCAUCGAAGACAACGAGCUCCCGCUCACGUACCUCGACCAAGUCGCGAACUUCAUUAUUCAGAACACACAGGGUGCUACGCUAGGGCAGGGUAGUGCGCAGGGAACGGACCCGUGGGGCUCAGAAGCACGGUAUCGGCCCGGCGACGCCAAUCAAGUCGCGACCCAGCCUCCACCCGCACCUCCGGCCGCUAAGAUACUCCCGCAAAAGGAUUACCUGCCCAUCACGACAGGAAACCACAAGAUCAUUUUCAAGAAACUUACCGAGUUCAAUGGAGCCCUUGUGGCCGAUGGACAGAAGGGCAUUUCGCUGAAUCCGCCCGACGUGGAGCAGCUGAAUGCGACCGUGACGGCAUUGGAGCAGGGAAAUGGCAAGGGCAUCGACAUUACAGGCGUGGAGCUCCUUGUCAAAGCCGCAACACAAUGGCCCGCAGAGAAGCGUCUGCCCGCCCUAGAUUUGCUACGGCUUGUCCUUGCUUUCGAGGAGCCGGCAGCCUUCCUAGUGUCGCCUGAGCAAAGUCUGUUACCAAACCUUAUUGAAUCAGGGGUUUUCACGGAAACCUCCCCGCCCAACAACACAAUGAUGGCUAUACGAUGUCUCAGCAAUCUGCUCCAAACAGAAAAGGGACGAUUACUUGCCAGCACAGAGUUCGACAACAUCCAUCCACUGGUCUCGCCCUUCCUAGCAUCGACGAACCGAAACUUGAUCAUCGCGCUCACUACACUCUACAUCAACUACUCAGUAUUACUGAAUUCCGAGAACAACGCGGAUCGUGCGCUUUCUUUGCUCGACGAUCUGUCCAAAAUCCUCACCACAGCUACCGAUUCCGAGGCUGUAUAUCGCGCGCUUGUGGCUACAGGUACUUUGCUUUGCUUAGGUCCUGACUUCUGCGAGGCUGGUAGGGACAUACUACAGAUAGGCGAUGCCAUCACCCGCGCCGAGCAAAAGGUCAAGGAGCCGCGCAUACGGAACGUCGUCGCUGAGAUUCGGCAGAGGCUGCAAGGCUAG